ACAAAUUUCAAAAUACAACCACAAUGGCGCCCGAACUCACCAAGGCGCAGAAGCGCAAGAGCACCACAGACACCUCGCCCAAGACCAAGCGACCGAAGAAAUCAGAAGCACCUGCGACAGAAUCUGCGCCCGAGAAGGCGACAAAAGAGGAAGGAAUUGAGGUGGUAAAGAAGGCGUCCAAGGAGAAGAAGGUACCUAAGGAGAAGAAAGUGCCCAAAGACGAGGUCGCAAAGCUGGAAGAGAAGGUCGAAGUGAAGGAGACGAAAGCGCCGAAAGAGAAAAAAGCUCCCAAGGGAAAGAAAGCCCCCAAAGAGCCCGAAGUCGCUGGAGAGAAACUAUCGAAGAAGGAAAAAACUGCAACCAAGGAGAUAACCGCCAGCAAAGAGGAUAAGAAGGCGAAGAAAGAGAAAAAAGACAAGCCCGCUUCUACGGUUCUGCCCAAGCGGGCUACAACACCGGAUACAGCCUCUGAUAUCGAGGUAGUUACUGAGACGGUGCCCAAGGCUAAGAAGGAGAAAAAAGUCAAAGCUGUUCCCAAAAUCCCCGCCAAGCGCGCUAUCACCCCGGAUACCGCCUCCGAUGUCGAGAUAGUCACUGAGAAGCCACCUAAGGCUAAGAAGACGAAGGUCGCCGCUACUGAGGAUAGCAAGAAGAGCAAGAAAAGCAAGAAGGAGAAGGUUGUUGCGGUUGUAGUAGAAGAGUCCGACAGCGAUGUCGAGGACGACCAGACCGCCGCCCUCCUCGCCGGCUUCGAAAGCAGCGAAGGUGAAGCCGCUGCUGAGAAGGCGGAGAGCGAGGAUGACGGCGAAGGUCUAGACCUAGAUCACUUGCCCGACGUCCCCGCCUCCGAUGCCCUGAAAAGGCAAUUGAAGCAGGCCGGCCAGAGCGGCGGCGAGCCAGGUGUGAUAUACGUUGGCCGCGUCCCCCACGGCUUCUACGAGCACCAAAUGCGCGCCUACUUCUCCCAAUUCGGGCACAUCAAGCGCCUGCGCCUGUCGCGCAACAAGCGCACGGGUGCCAGCAAGCACUACGCCUUCAUCGAGUUCGCCUCGGCCGACGUCGCCGACAUUGUCGCCCGCACCAUGCACAACUACCUGCUCUUCCAGCGCCUGCUGCAGGUGCGCGUCGUGCCCCCGGCGCAGGUCCACGAGGAGCUGUUCAAGGGCGCCGGCAAGCGCUUCAAGAAGCCCGCGCCGCGCAAUGCCUUGUGGCGCAAGGACUUGGAGCACGGCGCGGACAGGAAGAGUUGGGUUGGGAUGGUCAAGAAGGAGCAGCAGAGGCGGCUGGGCAAGGCGGAGAAGAUGAAGAGCGUGUUUGGGUAUGAGUUUGAGGCGCCGCCGAUCAGGGAAGUGGACAAUGUGCCGGUUAGGACGAAAGCAGUGAAAGCUGCAGUAGAGACUGCAGUACAGGCUGCUUAAAUUGCUUUUGUGUGUGGCACUCAAAAUGGGUUGGUCGGCGUUUGCGGCUCUCUUUGUCUUGUAGGCUGCACGUUUUAUAUGAAAGCCUAGGAAUUCGACGACUAUUGCAUGAUUGGAGCUCACUUGUAGACAUCAUAUCACUCUUGCUAGAUUGUGGAAUUGUUUUUAUGAAGGUUUUUUCCCUCAACCGCA